CCUCAGUAGCCGACUGUGCGUGGACGUGUGAGAGUGCGCGAGAGUGCCAUGUGCUUGCUAUGAGUUGCCCGGAGGUGGUGUACCAAGCCUACUACCCUUACCUGUACCAGAGGGCGAGCACGUCAGCCGGCCCGCCCCGGACUUCCUCCUUCCCGCCGUACUACGACCGGUUAAAUGUACAGCAGCCGUACGGAGGAGUGGUGGCCGGAAGCAGUGGAGGCGGCAGUGUCAGCAGCGGGGGCGGCGCCCCCAGUCCUGCGUCCCCUCCUUCUACCCGCCACAAGGAUGACACCGACCACAGGGAUUCAGAUGGACGGUGUGACGAGGACGAUGACGACGACGUGGGCAGUCCUGGAGGCAGCAGAGCUCAGUACGUGUCGGCCAACUGUGUCGUGUUCACACACUACACAGGAGACGUGGCCAGUGUCGUGGACCAACACUUCAGCCGUGCGCUCUCCUACUCUCAGGAUAAGGCGUCUCCAGGCUCCGACAAAGAGUGUUCGCCGAUGUCGGCGAGGAAUUUCCCUCCUUCCUUCUGGAAUCAGAGCAGCGUGAGCGUCUCCCACGGGCACGGCGACCUGUACGGAGACUCCAUGUACCACGGGGCCACGGCCCACACCCCCGCGGACCCUUGGCAUACACACUACCAGCAGUAUACGGCGGCCGCACAUCAUCACAGAGCUGUUCACGACUACCAUCACCACCACCAACAUAUGGCCGGUUAUGGAGGACUGCUGCUGCCUCCCAGCUCGAGGCUGGCGCCUCACGCACAGUACCCCAAGGCGGUAGACUGGAACCACAGGCUUCACCAUGAGCAGUCCGCGCACCACCUCGACGCCGCCUCCUCGUACGCUUCGUACCCAGGCAUGGCAGGAUUGGAUCCUCCUGUACAAGAGUCAUCCAAGGACCUCUACUGGUUCUGAGCGUCAGCCAGCAAGUCUUCAGCGCCCUCAUGGUCCCUGUAGAUCUUCUGUACUCUACUGGAUGCUUCUGAGGACGCCUGACUUGUUGCAAACCGUUAUAAAAGACAAAGACUCUAGUGUAGAGAUAUUCCUUCCCCUAUUCCAUUUGAGACGCUGGUUGGGUGGUGGAUGGUGUCAGUCAAUUGUAUACCAUUCAACGUGAGUGCAAUACAUAAUUGCAUUACAUUUUCUAAAUUUUGGUAUUCUAUAAUUUAUUUGUUGACUUAUAUAUAAAACUAAUUAAAUUGUGUAUUUUAGUUUUCACGAAAGAUGUAUAUUUUUAGAACUCGCUAUUACGUAAUUUACUACGAUAACAAGUAUAAUGUAUUAUUAGACCUCUGUUCUAUUUAUAUUGUAUAUACUUCAGUUGAAAGUAACUUACUGUACAUAAUAUGCUUCUAUGAUACCACGCCAAUUCAGUUUACGAAAUAGCUUUAAAACUGGCGUUUUUUUUUUUCAAAUACUUUCAGCAACAUAAUCUUUUUGGAAAACAUGUCAAUGAAAUAUUCUAGCAGAUCCACAUUAAGUAAAGCAAGAGCUGCGGUCCCGUUAUGACUGAUAUUGACAACCGCGCAAGACCCAAUUAACGCGCGAACGGUCUUGUCGCCUGCGUCGCUUCGCGCCAUCGCGCCACCGCGCCGCGCCAUAACGUCCAACAGGCUAUUACCGUUGAUGAUAACCUUGAGGAAACUAUUAGUGAGCUCGUAUAACCUAUAAACUAGAGCCUAAUGUCACGGUUCAGCAUAACUCGGUAACGAUCAAGUGAUUAGAGAGAAACUCGCUAAAGGCCACGACAUAGCGCAUGCCUCUUUCUUAGUGUUUUAGAUCAAUAUUCGUUUCAUUAAAUGCUCAGAUAUGAUUUGAUCUCAUUUACAAAGAGGUCAGUUAUAUUUGGUCAGAGAUGAGUAGUAAAGACGUACAGAAAGACGUAACUGUCAUAAAAUAUUAAAUAUAUAUUAUAAUAUUGUUUUAUACACUUAUAUUACUAUCCCGUCACACCACCAGCACCACCCACCUCCGUCUCUGAAAGCUUGUGAUUAUUUAUUGUACAUAGUGACAGACCUACAAACAGUGGUAUGUGCAAUUUUAGGUUAGCUUUCAGCGGAAACUUGUAAAUUAUUUUAGUUAUUCAGCCAGAAUCAGUGGACCUGUGGACGUGUCGUUGGCAUCGAAGGUAUCCUUUUGUAAAAAAGACUAAUCAAAUAAUACUCAUUGUAAAAUUCGAGUUAAGACUUGUACAUGACUGAUUUAAAUGUAUUGCUGUAUCUGUAAAGUUGUAUUAAAUAUCAGCUGUUUUUGUAUAUUUUUGUGAAAAUGGUUUGUAACGUGCAAUAGAUUAUUCAGGACGUAGAAUAAAUUCCAUUUAACUAUUUGUAGCUCUAAUACUAUUUCACUUAUUUUAUUCGUUUAUGAGUUUUGUUACUAUAAAGCUCAAUUUUUUUGUAAGAAAGCGUUAAGAAUAUAUAUAAUUUAUAUGGAACCGUAACGUAUGUAUGUAAAAAUACGUGAAAUCGUGCUAUAAAUCAAUACGUAAAAGAAAUAAAUGUAAUAUUACUUAUUUACAAUAGUUCUCUUGUUCGUAAUACAAAAAUAAUUUAUUUAUAAUGAAAAUACUUAGAGGAUUUCCACAAUAGCCUAUUGUAUGUUGUACCUUACUGUUAAGUACCAAGAUUUUUAAAAUUCUUCAUUUUCAGUAUGCAUUAUGUUCAAAGUUAUUUUAAUAGCCUUUAUUCAAAAGUUUCAGUGUGAAAGACAAACUAUUAUGUAAUUGCUUUUAGAAGACUAAAGAGACAUUAAUUUAUAAUUACAAUUUUUAUAGAGAACUUUUCUACCGAAGCAACCUCGAAGAUUCCAGGUUUUACUUGGCUAAUUUUUUCCGGUUGAAGGAUUUCAAUAUCAAAACCGCAAAAGUUCAAUAAAGCGCUUGUCAUUUGUUCUCCUGACUAAUAUCAGAAUGUUGUAUCUGUAAGUAUAAAGUGAAAGUUUAUACUGCUAAAACUCGGGAUUCGAACUCGAGUCCCUGGAGUGUUCUGCCAUCUGCUGGACAUAUAUCAAAGCUCCAACGCCUUUCGGGACAAAUAAUGACAAUAUGUUUUUUACAUUAAUGAUUGAAAAUUAAAUUCUUGAAGGAGGAAACAAACAGUGGUUAGGGCAGCGAAGGGUCUUUCCAGAUGUCGGGUAAUGGCGAUGGUUUCUCUUCAAAGGUUGUUUGUUAGAAAGGAAUUGUUGGAAAUAUAUUGUGAGUUUAUUUAAUCACUUACCUUGACUCUUCUCCAUAUUGUAGGGUUUCUUAAUUUGAACAAUUUCACCUGGAAUUCCUAAGAAUAGUUUGAAUGAAUCGUACAUAAGUAAUUGUGCGGAGAAGGGCAUUUGGACCAACCAACCAAUAUUGUCAACUCUUUUUCGUUUAUUAUCUUUAGUGUUAAGUUCACUAAACUCAUACAAUCUUUUUUAAUUAUACUGUUCGAAUUUUUAUUUGAUCUAACUUAUUUUAAGGAAUUUCCAUGUAUUUAAAUAGAAUCAAUUGUAACAUUAAGUUGACAAGCCUUUAUUGUACUAUAGAAAUACAGCUUUUAAAUUAUUAAAUUGUAUAUUAUAUAAACGGACAGACCUUACUGUGUUUAGAGCACUCUACAAAACAUGUUAUUAUUUGAUGUAGCAUUGAUAAUACGUAAACAUUUAUUUCAUCUUGAACGUUUAAAAGACAAAUGGGAAGUGAUAAUUGUGGUAAAGUAGAGAUGUAGCGCAUUAUCGACAAUGUAUAUAGCCGAAGUAAAUACUGUACUGUAACUGAGUUGUAAGUUAGUUGGCCUACUGUAUGUAUAUGACUGCCUCCGCGGUAUAGCCUAUUGCCAUUCUUCUUGUCAUUAGAUUAUGUUAUAAAUUAUACGUUAUGUCAUACAA